AUGAACGCAGAGACUAGUCUUGCUGGGACGACGGUGCUCUCUGAAUCUCCGCCAUCUGAUCGCUCCGAGCAGAAAGAAGUCUUGAACAAGCAGCAGAAGCUGGAAGAUGUUCAAGUUGGCUUCUUCCAACUCUACCGAGAUACUACAAGGGGCGAUAUCGGUAUCCUGGCAAUAUGCACUCUGCUGGCGAUUGCGGGAGGGGCCAUAUUGCCCAUUAUGACAGUGGUGUUUGGCAGCCUUGCCGGGAAGCUCAAUAGCUUUACACAGCAUCUACAUCUUGAAGACACAUAUGUCGGGGAAACCAUUGAGCAGAUUCGACUUAUCUUGAAGUUUCGUCGAGAUCUAUCGAGGCUGACGCUAGACUUCGUGUAUCUGGGGAUCGGUGAAUUCUUUGCCAUAUUCCUCUGCACCUUUGGAUUCGCCUUUGUCGGCGACAGGACGGCGCAGAGAGCGAGACAGAGGUAUCUCAAAGCUGCACUGAGCCAGAAUAUGGCUUUCUUCAACAACAUUGGUACAGGAGACCUCACCACCCGAAUCACAAACGAUACCAACCUCAUCCAAGAGGCCAUCUCUCAGAAAGUCUCCAAUACCAUUACCGCCCUGGCUACGUUUGUCACGGCUUUCAUCAUCGUGUUGGAUGUUGCUUGGCGACUGGGCCUGGUGUCCCUGUCUUCAGUGGUGGCAAUGACUCUUGUUAUGGCUUCCAUGUCAAGGCUCAUGCUCAAAUAUUCCAAGAAGUCCCUGUAUUCCUUUUCCCUAGGAAGCACCAUCGCCGAGGAGGCCAUCAGCGCCAUCCGAGUGACUGUGGCCUGUGGUGCUCAAACGCAGCUUGCCGAACGGUACAGAAAACACAUGCGUGAUUCCAAGCGUGCCGGCACACUGUCCAAAACUUUUUUGGGCGUCUCGAUCGCUGGCAUGUCUUGCAUUAUCAUGCUGAACUAUGGUCUGAAUUUCUGGGCAGGCUCUAUUUUCCUUGUGCAUGGAGAGAUCCAGGUCGACAAGAUUGUGACUGUGAUCUAUGCUACCAUCAUUGGAGCUUUCUCGUUGGGAUUCCUCGCACCAAAUGUACAAGCAUUUUCAUCUGGUAUCGCGGCUGCCACAAAGUUAUACGCCAUCACCGAUCGCAAGUCUCCAAUCGACCCAUUUUCUACUGAUGGGAGACAGCCAGACGUUCAUCCUGAUGCAUGGUCCGUUGACUUCCAGGACGUAAAGCUGGUUUACCCUUCCAGGCCGAAUGUAACGGUACUGGACAAUUUCACUCUACACAUACCGGCCGGCAAGACAACGGCACUGGUUGGUCCUUCGGGGAGCGGGAAAUCCAGCAUCAUCAAUCUUCUAGAACGUUUUUAUCCGCAUCUGGACGGUCAAAUCUUGGUCGCAGGGCAUGAUAUACAGCAGCUGAAUGUUGGAUGGCUGCGUGAAAACAUUUCUCUGGUUGAUCAGGAACCCGUCCUCUUCGACACGACCGUCGAAAACAAUAUUCUCUAUGGCCUUGCGGGAUCCAGACUAGAGACACUAUCACGAGAAGAGAAGUAUAGUCUGAUGAUGAUGGCAGCUGAAAAAGCAAACGCUCUUGAAUUUGUUCAACGCCUGCCUGGAGGAUUCCAAGCUCGCGUGGGCGAGAGGGGAUCUCUACUCUCCGGAGGUCAAAGACAGAGAAUAGCCAUUGCAAGAGCCAUCAUUCGGGAUCCCGGAAUCCUGAUUCUCGAUGAGGCCACGUCUGCGUUGGACACAAGCUCGGAGUCUCUGGUCCAAGAUGCGCUAAACCGAGCGUCGCAAGGCCGGACGACGAUCGUCAUCGCGCAUCGUCUCUCAACUAUCCGCAAGGCAGACAAUAUCGUGGUUCUUGCAAAUGGCAAGAUCGUUGAGCAGGGAACUCACGCCAAUUUGCUGAAGAAACGGAGUAGUUACUUUAGCCUCGUGGAAGCGCAACAGAUCCGGAUUGAGCCCGACGAGAAGAUGGAAUUCGCAGAUCCUCCUACCUAUGGUGACCACGAGAAAGAAGAAGCGGCCCACCCGGCUCACAAAACACCUUCCAAGACACGGGUGAUAACAAGUCUUGACCAGCCAAUGCCAUAUCCGAUGCCCAGUCACGCUCACACGGACAACCAGACCACCCGACAGAAAAAGCCGAAAGGCGUUCUGUCGUUCGUUCUGUCCUUCAACAAACAGGAUACAGCUUGGAUGGUACUCGGACUGAUCAUGAGCAUCUUUGGAGGCAGUGGCACACCCACCUCGGCAGUCUUCUUCGCCAAAUGUAUCCAGUCCAUGUCGAAGCCUCCCCGGUUGUACCACGAACUUCGGCAUGAUGUCAACUUCUGGGCCGGCAUGUACCUAUGGCUCGGUGUGUUCUUGUUCAUUGUCAACGUGAUCCGCGACCGGGCGUUUGCGAAGUGUUCGGAACGGAUGCUCUUCCGGGCUCGUGACCUUUGUUUUCGGACGAUACUGAGACAAGAGAUGGCCUUCUUUGAACCCCCCUCUAUCAUCGGCACCAACGCAGCCUCGGGCACAACAACGACGACAACAACAACAACAGGCAGCCUAAUCUCGUUCCUCGCAACCGAAACAACCAACAUGUCCGGCCUGAGCGGCCCUGUUCUGGGCACAAUCCUGUCCAUGUCGACAUGUAUCAUCGCGGCCAUCGUCGUCUCCAUCGUAUUCAGCUGGAAGUUGGGGUUGGUAUGCACAUCCACAGUCCCGGUCCUCCUAGGGUCGGGCUUCCUACGCUUCUACAUGCUCAGCUACGCCGAAGAGAAGAGCAAGAGCGCAUAUGCACAGUCAGCGUCGUAUGCAUGCGAAGCUCUCUCGUCAAUGCGCACCGUGGCGUCCCUCGGCCGCGAAGAGCACAUCCUGACAAACUACACGGAUCAACUGAGUGCGCAAAGCCGCGCCGCGCUCAGAGACCAGCUCAUCUCCGCGGCGCUGUACGGGGCAUCUCAAGCCUUGCCGUUCUUCUGUAUUGGCUUGGGUUUCUGGUGGGGAGGCACGCUCAUGAGCCGGCGCGAGAUCAGCCUGUUCCAGUUCUUUGUGUGUUUCAGCGAAAUCGUCUUCAGUGCCCAGACGGCCGGUUAUAUGUUUGCGUCGACCCCAGACGUAGCCAGGGCAAGGACGGCGGCUGCGUCAUUAAAGGCCAUAUGCGACAGAAAACCAACCAUUGAUCCGUGGUCAGACGCCGGAAUCCCACUGCAGCACCCAGGGGCGGUCACUGGGCAAGUUGAAUUUCAGAACGUCUUCUUCACGUACAGCGCCGGCAGUUCUAAUUCUAGUCCCGCCGCGUAUGGCCGCGAGCAGUACGUCCUCAAGGGGGUGAAUAUCAAGGCUCUCCCAGGACAAUACGUCGCAUUGGUGGGUGCGAGCGGCAGCGGCAAGUCCACGUGUAUUGCCCUCCUCGAACGCUUCUACGACUGUUCUGGAGGUCGGGUUCUCAUUGACGGCAGGGACAUCCAGGACCUCAACAUCAACCACUACCGUUCUCACGUCGGCUUGGUCAGCCAGGAACCCGUCCUCUACCACGGAACCAUCAAGGAGAAUAUCCUAUUGGGGACAAGCGGAGACAUUUCCGAACAGACGCUUUAUCAGGCGUGUCGAGAAGCUAACAUUUACGACUUUAUCAUAUCGUUACCGGAAGGAUUCGACACAAUGGUUGGAUCCAAAGGGGUCCUGCUCUCCGGUGGUCAGAAACAAAGAAUCUCGAUAGCAAGAGCUUUGAUCAGGAACCCAUCAAUCUUACUCUUGGACGAAGCAACAUCGGCCUUGGACUCUGAAUCGGAAAAGAUCGUCCAGGCAGCUCUCAACAAGGCGUCUCAGGGCCGCACCACGAUCGCCAUCGCUCACCGUUUGAGCAGCAUCCAGGACGCCGAUCACAUCUACGUGCUUGAACAGGGCCAAGUCGUCGAGCAAGGGACCCACUCGUCUCUGAUGGAUGCUGCCGGCAGGUAUGCGGAGCUGGUCAGAAUGCAGAGGCUGGGUGCCUCCUGA